AUGACCGACGCGCCCUUUUCGUCGGCGGCUCUCCGGCGCGCCGAGACGGAGCUGUGGCAGUGUGACGACGGCGCCUCCAGGUCUGACUUUUGCAACACGGUCUCGGGGAUGAGCAUAACCGCGACCAGAGUUGUUCGGAGUGGAGAUGUGCGGCAUACGUAUGCGCCACCGUCGGCGCUCUCGCCGUCUGGAAAAGCAGUCGGCCAAGCAUGCUCCCCGGAAUGUACGUCGGGUGCCCAGUCACUCCAACCACCACUGGUGUGCCACGUUGGGGAACGGUCAUCUUCCGACGGCAUACCCAGGGUGCCGACGCUCGAUCUGGCGCUCCUGCACGCCAGGCCUAGUGCGUCGAUUUCGAGCCUGGGGGAGCACGACCAGGCCCCGCCGCCGCAGGUCAAGCCCCAAGAGCAUAAGGCGGACAUCGUCGGCCAGCUCAACGCAAUACAAUCGCAGCUCGAGAGGAAGCUGAGCACUGUGCGCAUCGAAUACCAGAAGAAGCUGAGCGAGUCGGCCAUGGUGGGCUUCGCCAGGCGACGCUCGGCACGCAUGUCGAGCUUGCAAACGGACGAGAGCAUCUCGUUGCACAGCGAGUCAUCAUUCCGUGAAAAGGUGGACCAGCGCCCGGAGUCACGAGGAUACUCCGGCGCGCACAACGUCGCGGCGAUCGUGAAUACCAGGGGGAGGCAGCGGAAUGCCCCGCCCCCCAGGAUGGCCGCGGGCGGUACGCCUCGCAGGCCAUCGGGAGAAGCACCAAAUCAGGAUAAGGCUGAAAUCGGCGCUCCCAUUACCAGGUAUGCAACAUUCUCGACGGCGAAGUGCGGUUCGCGCAUGCCCAGCCGGUUCGCGCCUCCGGACUGGAACGCGUUGAUACGUCACUACGUGAAAAAGGAUACGAACGGUUCGCCUAAGCAGCACAACAAAAGCGAGACGCGACAAGCACCACCCUUGCCUCCAGCGCAGCCAGACAACAGCCUGCCGUCAGCGGCGCUGACACGGCCACCGGAAGCGAGGGACGCCCGGAUGCCGCCGCCGCUGCGUUUCAACCCCCUGCAUCGCAAAAACGAGAACGCCUACGAUGUAGACCUCGUCAAUAAACUCUGCCGGCGUGCGCCUACAAACCCGGUGGGCCCUGCAACGCUGGGACGGACGAACACCACCACCAUAGGCAAGUUCGAAGGGGCCCGGGAUUCUGCACUCAACGACGCCCGACGGUCUAACACGGCAGCUCUGUUGUUGUGCGGCGCCGGAAAGGAUAAGGAGGACGCGAAUAUAAGCCUGGUCACAUUCCCACCAACAUCGCCGACGCUAUCGGAGCAGGACCUGUCAUCUAAAACCGUCACGGACGACGGUUGGGUGCGUAGCCCGAUCGCUCGCGCCUAUUCGUACGUCGACUGGAUUUUCCAGGGCACCGGCGAAAAUGAGGAGUCCCGAUCCGACGAGCAGCGAGUGUCGCAGCCACCGUCGCCGCAAGUCGCAGGAGGCGACUCGGCGCUUGAUAAACGCUACCCAAGUAUGAGGUCGCUGAGGUACCCGGACCACGUUGAAGGAGCCAUGCCACGCCCGACGGCGCCCCGGCCGAGAGUGGAGGCGGGAACGGACACUGGUAACGAAGGUGCAAUGCGCCGCCAAACGACGGCGCCGCUCCGGAGGAGGGACACGUACACGGUCAACACCAACCAGAUACGCGAGAAAAUACGAGCUCUGGCGUCACACGUCAGCGAGCCGCCGUCAGAUGCUGACGAUGACGACACUUCGUACCAAGUUGUGUCCGUUAGCGGCUCCGACCUGGAUAGGGCCUCCGGCCAGUACGGUCCGCCGGAGCAGCAGCAGACGUUCAGCCUCAGCGAGAACGUGGUCGAACGCAACGUCGACGCGGGUUUGCUGACACACCUGCCGACGAUGAGCGGCAACUGCGUGAAGGGCAUCGCGGGGUACUCGAUGGAGCAACUCUACCGGCUGUCCAGGGUGAACUCCAAGUGCGCCCUGCUACGGCACGGCGAACCCGACGCGCCCGCUGAGAUGGGCAACACAUCCGGCUUCGGGCACCCUAGCAGCCUCAGGACGAGCGUGACGCCGUGGUUCAAGAACCCGCUGAACGAGAAGGUGCACCGGGAACGCGCCCGUAGCGCGAAGCACGCCGCGUUCAUCCCCAACGCCCAGCAGGUGGAGGACAUAGCCGAUGCAGACCUGAAGAAUCUGUUGGACCAGAUCGCGACGUACCGCCUGGACCUGGAGGAACCGGAGCGCCACGGCGUGAUGGACCCGUUCUACGAGUACGAGAAGAUGAUGCAGAACAAGACGCUGGCAAGCUCCGACUGGGCCAGGUACGGCCGCCCAGCCGGUCGACAGACACCGAACUUUUAG